UCGGUUAUUCUUUUGUCACCAGAAAUCAAUGUUGGUAGCGUUAGUGCUUUCUAAGAAGGCGAAUGGCGUACUAGCUUGUCUGUUCUCUGCCGUUCUUCUAACUUUAAAAAUAAAUAAUGCCGCGUUCUAAAAAAGUUGUAAGUUAAUUACAGUGUCAGUGAAUAUUUAGAAUACAUAUAUUGUAUUUUAAAUAUUAUUAGUCGCUUUAUAUACCACCUGCAUGUCUGCGAAUGAGUAAAAAAAUGAAAUAGACAUAGAGAUUUACAUAGUGUUACUGUUUGUUAUUGCUAGUCUAAGAAGAUGACUGAUGAAGAUGAUAAUUUAUCUGACAGUGAUUUUGGAGAAGAUGAGGAUCCUGAUAAGAUUGAAGUGCCAGGUGGGGGCAAGGACCUUGCUGCAGCAGCAGCGAUCAUGGAGGGCAGAGAAAAGCAACUGAAGCAAGAGGCACUUAAACAAGGGGCCCUUAAGCAAGAAGAUUUCAAGCAUGAAUUCAAACCAGAUAUGGCGAGGAUGGCUCAAAUGUCAAUGAGUGGUUACCCCAAAUUGCCCCCCAACAUGCAUCCCAGCACUUUUGACAUGAUGAGAACCCCACAAGGAGUGGAGAUGCUCAACCCCUACUUUAACCCUGGAUACUUAUCAAUGUUCUAUCCGGGUCAUGUUCCAACUUGGGGUGGUCCUCUUAGCAACAAAGCUGUCCAAUCGAUGUGGAUGAACCAAAUGGAAAAACCGAUGCAACAGCAAGAAGAGGAAGAAGGAGACGAUGAGGAGUUAGGUGUGGCAGAAACGUACGCUGAUUACAUGCCCUCUAAAUUAAAAUUGGGAAAGAAGCAUCCUGAUCCUGUUGUUGAGACUGCUUCUCUAUCUUCGGUCGCCCCCGCCGAUGUCUGGUAUGAGCUGUCUUUGCCUGAAGAGUGCAUGGAUAAGGGGCAUUUGUCUGCGUUGCAGUUAGAGAGUAUCACUUAUACUUCACAAGCACAUUCGCACAUUUUACCUAAUAAAUCUAGAGCUGGAUUUCUGAUAGGUGAUGGUGCAGGAGUAGGUAAAGGUCGCACCAUUGCGGGUAUCAUCUACGAAAACUACUUAAAAGGUCGAAAGAAAGCAAUUUGGGUAUCAGUAUCCAACGAUUUAAAAUACGAUGCGGAAAGAGACUUAAGGGACAUCGGCGCUGGAAAAAUCGACGUUCAUCCUUUAAACAAAUUUAAAUAUGCCAAAAUCAAUUCAUCAACGAAUGGCAAUGUUAAAAAAGGAGUUAUAUUUAGUACUUAUUCCGCUCUUAUUGGCGAAAGUAACUCAGCCGGGGGGAAGUACAAAUCGAGAUUGAAACAGAUAAUGCAGUGGUGCGGUUCUGAUUUUGAUGGCCUGAUUGUUUUUGAUGAAUGCCAUAGAGCUAAGAACUUGUGUCCUGUUGGAUCAUCAAAACCUACGAAAACCGGCUUAACAGUUCUCGAAUUACAAAACAAAUUACCCCUCGCUAGAGUAGUAUAUGCGUCCGCCACUGGCGCUUCGGAACCCAGAAAUAUGGCUUAUAUGGUGAGAUUGGGAUUGUGGGGCGAAGGUACACCUUUUAAAGAGUUCGCCGACUUUAUUUCCGCUGUAGAAAAAAGAGGAGUAGGCGCUAUGGAAAUUGUCGCCAUGGAUAUGAAAUUAAGAGGAAUGUACAUAGCUCGACAAUUAAGCUUUCACGGUGUAGCGUUCAAAAUCGAGGAGGUCCCGCUGUCGAAAGAGUUUGAAAAAGUUUACGAUCUCAGCGUGAAACUCUGGGUAGAAGCUAUGCAGAAAUUCCAUGAAGCAGCCGAAUUGGUCGACGCCGAAAAUCGUAUGAGAAAAACUAUGUGGGGUCAAUUCUGGUCGUCGCAUCAGCGGUUCUUUAAAUACCUUUGCAUCGCCGCCAAAGUGCCGCAUGCGGUCGCAGUCGCGCACGAGGCUAUAAAAAUGGGAAAAUGCGUAGUGAUUGGUUUGCAGAGUACGGGAGAAGCCAGGACUUUGGAGCAAUUAGAAAGAGACGAUGGAGAAUUGACAGAUUUUGUUUCAACUGCAAAAGGUGUUUUUCAAACUCUUGUGGAGAAACAUUUUCCCGCACCGGACAGGAAUAGGAUUCAAAAACUUUUGGGGUUAGAACCUCCUGUUACGAAAAAAGCUGCAACAAAUGGUAAUGAUGAAGGGCACAGUUCUUCGGGGAAACGAAAACUAGUUCGGCAAGCGGCCGCCAGAGCUAACAAGAGGAACAAAUGGUCGACGUCAGACACAGAAGAAUCAAUAAAGAGCGACGGUUCGGAUUUUGAGGUGUCCGAUGUGGAAAGUGAAAUUUCGGAAGAACAUUCAAACGAUUCGAACGCGAGCAGCGACUUCAAUCCGUUCCAAUCGGGAAGCGAUUCGGACGACGAUCCUUGGAAUAGAAAGAAGAAAGGCAAAAAACAGAAGAAGAGCCCUAAGAAAAAGACAUCAACGCAAGAUAAGAUUUCGAUGUUGUUAAGCCGGAAGACAGUAAAAGCUUCUAAACCGAACGGUAGUAGUUUUCCUGCUCCCGCUGCACCUCCAAUGGACGCCAUUGAAAGAGCGUGCAGUAUGAAGGAAGAGUUGCUUGUAGCUAUCGAAAAAUUGGGUGACAAACUACCUCCAAAUACUCUGGAUCAGCUCAUAGACGAAUUGGGUGGGCCCGAAAAUGUUGCUGAAAUGACUGGACGAAAAGGUAGGGUAGUUUCUACAGAAGAUGGAGGUAUACAAUACGAGAGUAGAUCUGAAAAUGACGUUCCUCUGGAAACUUUAAAUCUCACUGAGAAGCAAAGGUUCAUGGAUGGGGAGAAAAAUGUCGCCAUCAUUUCUGAAGCUGCUUCAAGUGGUAUAUCUCUUCAAAGCGACAGGAGGGUAAAAAAUCAACGACGAAGAGUACACAUCACAUUAGAGUUGCCGUGGUCCGCUGAUAGGGCCAUCCAACAAUUCGGAAGAACACACAGGAGUAAUCAAGUGAAUGCUCCCGAAUAUAUAUUCCUUAUUUCCAAUCUAGCAGGAGAGAGAAGGUUCGCAUCCAUUGUCGCCAAAAGAUUGGAAAGUUUGGGUGCCCUGACUCACGGCGACCGUCGCGCGACAGAAACGCGCGAUCUCAGUCAGUUCAAUAUCGACAACAAAUACGGUCGCUCUGCCCUCGAAGCUACAAUGAAGGCGGUCAUGGGUUAUGAGCAACCAGUCGUGCCACCUCCACGUGACUACAAGGGCGACUUCUUUAAAGACGUGGCUGCCGCUCUAAUUGGAGUAGGGAUGAUUGUAAAUAGCGAGAAUAUGCCGGGAGUGCUUUCCUUGGACAAGGACUAUAAUAAUAUGUCUAAGUUCCUCAAUCGUAUAUUGGGUAUGCCCGUCGAAUUACAAAAUAGGCUUUUUAAAUAUUUUACUGACACAUUGGCUGCUAUCAUCACAUCAGCAAAGAGAUCAGGAAGGUUUGAUUUAGGUAUCCUGGAUCUUGGCGCUGGCGGAGAACUGGUGAAACGAGUUCGUACGGUGAUGUUCCUAAGAAAACACGCGACCGGUAUUGCCCCUACGGAAUUGCACACUGUGCACGUUGAACGGGGCAUGUCGUGGCCUGAAGCCUUAGAAAAAUUCUCGGAACUUUUACGUGAAAACGAAGGAUUUUGGCUGUCUCAUCAAAUUAGGAACAACAAACAUACUGCGAUCUUGGCCGUCGCCACAGAUUCAGGCGGUGGCAUAGGCGGUGGUGGAGGAGGAGGUACGAAAGGGAAAAAAGACGGUAAGAAAGAGAGCAAGAAGGAUCAAAUGUUUUCCGUGUACAGGCCUAAUACAGGUUUGCAGUUCAGACAAGAAAGUUUGGCAGAACUGGAAAAGAAGUACAAAAAGGUGGAAUCGGGAGAAGCAGAAAAAUCAUGGUCUCAGCAAUAUGACGCAUCUGUAAAUACAUGUUCGCAUGCUUAUUGGCGCGGCAACUGCAGAAACGUAUCGAUAGGACACGAUUGCGAAGUCGGACUUCGAAGGCGUACUUACAAUGUCGUUUCUGGUUCGGUUUUGUCCGUUUGGAGUCGAGUCGAAGGGGUUUUGGCUAGCAAGACUGGUUCUCAAAAUAAAAUGCAGGUCAUUCGUCUGAGAACCAAGGAUGACAUCAAGAUUGUAGGUACACUCAUUCCAAAAAAUUGCGUUGAUGACCUUAUAAAAGCUCUAUCUUCCGACGCGGAGAAAACUGAAGAAAAAACAUUUGAAGAUUAGAGAGACUGAACCUGAAAGGUGACGUUUGAAAUAAUUUUCUCAACCAGCUGAUGUCGUACAUUUUGAAUUUUGUUUCUCGUUUUUUUUUAUUAUUAUUAUUUCGUCCUUAACUUAUAUAUAUUUUUUCGUUAAAAUUUUGAAAUGUACGAUAUCACUCAUCCUAUCGACGUUUAGGAAAUCAAUACAGGGCAAAAACUAGUAUUUUGAGGCACUACAAAAUGAUCGCAAUGUAGUGAGUGGUAAAGUGUGGAUUUAUUUGUUCGUAGUACCCUAUGGGCUCAUAUAAAUUAAAUCGGCUCAUUUUCAUAUAUUUUGGUGAUUUCCAAAAGCUACCUUUUUUAACCAUCCCCCUAGAAGUAACAAAAAAUUAUUAGUGAGA